AUGGCACCCGAAGUCAGCAUUAUCGGCGCUGGCAUCGCAGGCCUAACAUUGGCCCUCAGUCUACACACUCAAGGCAUUCCAUGUGCCGUCUACGAGUCCCGCCCUGAGCCCCAAAACAUCGGCGGUGCCGUAAUGCUCUCCCCUAACUCACUUCGACUGUUCGACAACAUUGGCAUCUACGACGGUCUCAAGCGUCAUGGCUAUAACUUUGAUACUCUCUACUUCCGCGACCUCGCCGGCUCCCUCAAGGAAACCUACCCCUUUGGCAGCGUCGAAAAGUAUGGAUACAGUGGUCUCCGCGUCUACCGCUACCAACUCAUCGACCUACUGCUCGAGAAGCUCAAGGCUAAUGGUACAUCAAUGCACUUUAACCACAAAUUCUCGCAUGUGAUUUCCGAAUCCGAGGAUACUGUUACCUGGCAACUCAUCAACGGCACCACAAAAACAUCUUCACUGUUGAUCGGUGCAGAUGGAAUCCACAGCCGAGUUAGACAGUACAUGUAUCCAGAUCUCUCGCCAAAGUUUACCGGCAUGGCCGGUAUCACCGCUGCAGUCCCGACCGCAAACAUAAAACUGCCUUCACCGGACUACAAGAUGCCAGUCACGAUCAUGUCACCCACUCAUGGCGCCUUCGUCAUCGCACCUCAGACGCCAGAUGCCAGUGAAGUGUUUAUCGGAAAGCAAAAGCGUAUGGCUGAGCAUUCGCGUGAGGGCUGGGAACAAGUUUUUGCCGACAAAGAGGCUUCCAUUGCUUUCUUGCGCGAGGGAGCAGAAGUGUUUGGCGAUAUUGCCGUCACUGCUACCUCUGAUAUCCCUCUUGAGCACGUCAAUGUCUGGCCCUUUUAUGUUAUUCCCAAACUCGACUCUUGGUCUUCUAGCAAUAGAAGAGUGCUCCUGGUAGGCGAUUCAGCACAUUGCAUACCCCCAUCUGCCGGUCAAGGCAUCAGCCAGGCUGUAGAAGAUGUAGUGAUGCUAGCCAUACUACUAGGAAAGGGUAGAAGCGACAAGAAAGACUUGGGUUGGUGGCAGCAAUUCCGACAAGCCAGGCUUCAGCAAAUUUUGCUCUUGAACGCCCGCAUCGAUCGCCGCAGACUGCCCAAACUGCUGGGAAGUGAAGAAAAAGACGAUGACGAGCAAGGCUUUGAUCUAGAUUGGUUAUAUGGAAUCAACGUUGUCGCAGAGGUGGAAAGAUAUGUCGGUGGUCUGUAA